GCAUGAACUAGACUCACAAUGAAACCACUUACUCUUUUCUUCUUAUCUUCAGCUAUCGCUGUAGGACAUGCGCUUGUCGCCAGAGUUGAGCAACAAUUGACGAAUCUAGAUAAUGAGCCCGGUCACCAAGAUCACGUCACGGGAAAUACUACACCCAAGUCACGAGUCUUAACUGGCGUGGGUCCCAAGGAAGCAGAUAACCGGUGGUUCGAUUGGGAUGAAAGCUGUUCUGAUCCGAACCACCGCACCAAGAUUGUAAACACGUUCCAACACAGCAUCGAACUAGCUGGAUGGACAUUCGAACAUCUCCAAGAGCUUCAGAAUGGACUUCCAAACCCGGUUGGUAGGACUGUGAACACGGGCAACCGAAAGUAUAUCUUCAACACGGAUCCUGCGUUUGCCCAGAUGUUCAAUGGCCAGGACCAUCGAAUCGACUUCGUGAAGGAGUCUUUUAACCUAGUGACUAAGAGAGCGGUAUCACCACCUGGUACCCGCGAGCAGAAGGGGCCUGGGCUCCUUCGGUUUAUAUGCAAUGCUGACAACCAUGUCAUGAAUCGAGACAAUUCAGCGCUUUACUGCGGGGUGGGUGAUGGGGCCGCGCAUGCCAUCACAGGGAUUCCCUACAAGACUGAUGAACAGACAUAUAUCGAACCCAAAUACCAGUUCGAGACGGCUACGAGCAUAACGUUCUGCCCGGUCUUCUUCCGGGACGACCAGGUGGACAGACACGUAUAUCUGUGUGUGACUAGAAAGUGA